GAAUGGGUCGUUUUUGCUGGAUAAAAGAGGUAUAGCAACCGAUGGCUAAGGGGUUCCCGGUUGUUCUGAUCUCGCGUUCCGCACAGGAGAUCACCAAGAGGUCUUUUCUCGCCCGCCACGUAUCAAACACCGCGUCAAGGGCCUUUUCUUCAACAUCGCUGGUUAAGAGAAACACACAGGGCGGUAAUCGGAAGUUGAGGUGGAAGAGGCAGUCGAUGAGGGACCUGAACAUUGCCCUUGCGAGUGGCAUACUCUUUGUUGCGUCGUACAUGUCGUUACAAACGCAUUAUCUAAGUGAUUCUGGUGAUUUCAGGCCGUUCUCGACGACCCAGAGCCAACAGCAACAGCAGAAGUCGCAGAACAUCUUACUGCUGAGCGACGACCAAGUCACCAGUAAGCUGCGUAACUUGGAGGAGUCGUAUUUCGUCAAGAGAGGCAAGGGCGUUGUUAGGUACGACAUCUCUCAGCUGCCUUCUAACAGCCCAAUUGAGGAUGAUAGGUCUGAGGCCGUGGUUACUGUUCCCACGAAGGACGGGAACGCUGAUUUUUACUUCUGGGGUAUUUAUGAUGGCCACUCGGGCUACUAUACCUCGCUGAAGCUUCGUGAUGAGCUGAUUUCACACGUUGUUGGCUCGCUGGGCUCGGCGUAUAAGCUGGAUCAGGAGGAUGGCCUUCGAAUUGUUCCUUCCAACGACGUUAUCGACGACGCUAUAAAGAAUGGCUUUUUGCAAAUGGACCACGAAAUCGUUCAAGAAGGGUUGGGACGACUAAUGGAGAAUCCGCAUGAUAAGGAAACUGCUAUAAAGGCACUCCCAGCAGCUAGUGGAAGUUGCGGACUGUUAACUUUCUACGAUUCGAGCUCCCAAUUGUUGAGAGUUGCCGUCACUGGUGAUUCUAGAGUGGUUCUUGGUUCCUUGGACGAUAAGAACCAAUGGACCGCUAAGUCUUUGAGCAUUGACCAAACCGGUGACAACCCUGACGAAGUUGCAAGAAUCAAAGGUGAGCAUCCAGAAGAGCCUACUUGUGUCAACCGUGGCCGUGUCCUCGGUUCUCUACAACCUACUAGAGCCUUUGGAGACUUCAGAUAUAAGGUGAAGGAAGUGAAGGGUAAACUCAUUGAAUCCCUUCCAGAGCAUCUGAAGGUUUAUUUCCGUGCACCACCCAAGAAUUGUUUGACACCACCUUAUGUCACUGCCGAGCCCGUUGUCACCACUACAAAGAUCAACCCUGCAAAGAAGGAUUUCAUCGUUAUUGGAUCUGAUGGCUUAUACGAACUCCUGAGUAACGAGGAAAUUGUCGGGCUCGUUGUGAAAUGGCUCGAAAAGAAGGAAUCUCCACAGGAUGCAAACAAAAAAUGGAACAUCUUCACAAGCGAAGAGGAGAAGAAGUUACCAACUGUUGUUGAUUUAACCGACGACAAGUACAAGAAGUUCCAAAGACCUGCUUUCAGAAACAAGAAGAGAACCCAAGAACAUGAAUAUCUGUUGGAAGAUGAGAACGUCUCGACGCAUCUAAUCCGUAAUGCACUCAGUCUUGGAGGCUCAAAGGAGUACGUCUCAACACUGGUUUCCAUUCCUAGCUCUGUAUCUAGAAAGUAUAGGGACGAUUUAACUGUUACCGUUGUCUUCUUUGGUGAGGACAAGGUUGACGAAUCGGGUAAACUAGAGGUGAAUACACCAGCAACAAAGAACGGGCUGUCUUCACAACCAAAACUUUGAAUGGUAUUUACUCAUGUCACUAGCAAAUAUACAUACCCACACACGUUACAUAUAUAUAU